AUGUUUUCGCACAAUUAUUCCGUGUUUGCGAGUUCGUGUGUGAAGCCGCCGCUGCAUUCGGUGACAAAACUUCCAAAUCCGUCGUAUCUCAAGCCAAAGUGCGUCAUGAAGGAGGGAAAAUCAUCAAAGUCCAACUUGAAAAAAUGCAAAAAAUUCUCGAGUCUCUUGUCACUGACGGCAGAAAACAACAAUUUUUUGUCCCUAAAAGACUUUUACGACAGCAUCCCGGACUACAAUGAGCUCCAUCACCUGUCACAAUGCGAUUUUUACAAGGAAAUUGACACACUGAAGCGCAAACGGAACGAAUUGCGUUCUUCCAUCUUUGGCGAAGACUACUUCCAGGUGUGGAAUAAGGUUGAAACGCCCGAAAUGACGCCUCUGCCAUGCACCGAACCGCCUUCCAAGGGCUCCUCGAAGCACUUUAAUGACUUUCAUGCGUACAAAUUUAGCGAAUAUUCGCCGCGCGUCACAAGUGCCGACCCAAAAAUGAAGUCAAGUCGCAAGGGAAGUGCUAAAAGUGUCCGGAUCGAAGCAGAUCCCGUGCCUUACAUCACGCCGAACGACGAUAAUCCGACGCGGAUCUUCAAAAAAAGCCUUCGCGCCAAGUCAGCAAGUCCGGUGAGGGAAAAUCCGACGAUUACUGUGACGGAACCUUUUAAAAUGACCCAAAGGGAAGAUCAACAAAAGACAUUUGACGAUCUGUUGUUCGAAAGCAAGGAAUUUUUGACACCUGAGAAGACAAUUCCUAAAUUUAGCUCCUCUCCGAGUCGAAUAAAGGCGAAUCCAGUCCCAAUUACGUCAAAAAUCCCGCUUUUUAAGCAAAUUAUGGAAGAUAAGGAACACAAGAGUCAACUCGCGAAAUUAGACUCUGCGAUGGAGUUAAAUGCCCAAAUCAAGCCCUUUGGAUUCGAUAACGGGCCCGAUCGACCUCAUAGUCGUUGCCUAAGCCGCAGUCUUUCCUCGCCGCACAUCAAUUUGACGCCCGAACCACCCUCCAAACCGUUCAAAGCGAGUCCCGUGCCCAAAUCCUCCUACAGCAACUAUUUCCAGACGAAAAUGUCCGAAGAGGAGUACUUCCGGAACAUGAACAAACGCAUUCGGGCCGAAGAAUUACUCAAAAUGGCAACGUUACCGCCCUCGAUGAAGCGUCGCGAGAAAAGCGACAAAAAACGUUACGAGCAUUCGUGCAGCAGUCAAUCACUAAAACGCCCAAAACGGAAGCGAAAAGGCAAAAAAUCGCGAAUUUCCUCUUGUAGCACCACAAAAACGUCUAAUAGCAGCAUUUCGAAGCCCGAGGAAUUUAUUACGACGUGCCCGCAUCCCUUUGACUUGAUGACACGCAAGCGAUCGGAAGCGAAAAGUGAACGUUUGAGGAAAUCGACGACGACACCGACAACAACUUCGUCAAAAAGUUCGUUUGAUUUCCUGAAAACGACGCAACCAAGUCCCCUUUAUCCCGUGAAUCGACCGAAUCUCGCGGCGACACUUCGUUACGAGCACAGCAGGCAUAAAAUCCAGGAGCUGCAGGAACGGGCGACAUCUUCGUUGUCCGGAAGCACUGUCCGUCCGUACCGAUGGAACGUUCAAAAGACGCCGGGAUGGCAAUCGCUCGCGAUGGAUCCAACGCAUGCCGAGGAGCUUCAAUUGCGUCUUGCGACGAGACGCGCCGAGCAAAAAUUGCGGCAAGAAGAGUACAAAAUGUCGAAGGAGCUGAUGAUUCAGAGGGUGAAAGCGGCGCCAUUGUUGCUUGAAGGUCCCUCGCAUUGGGGUCCAAAAGUGGGGCAAUUGUCGCAUCAUUGCGGCACGGAAAAUUCUGAGCGAAACAGGAGGGCAGGAAGUGCCGCACGGAGACCAACGUCAAGUAAAAUGAGCAAUUAUUCGAGCACGAAUAGCAAAGCGUCGUCGAGUCAAACAGCGACGAAAGUAAAUUUGAAUUUGAACGGGAAAAGUGAAUUUGACGAUGAUUUUUACGAUAAUAGCAAUAGUGAGAUUGAAUAA